CAGUUCACUUCCAACGCUCCGAGUGAGCCAGCCAAGAGCAACAGCAACAACAGCAGCAGGCAGCAGGCGAUUCGACUCUGUGUACGAAAUCUAAAAGUGUCUGCGCAUGCGCCAGAAGUUUCUGUUUCAAAAAUAAUCAACAGCUGUCUGUACAAUACUCCAAAAUCUGUUUUGUUUCCCGGAGUGUGUGUAGUGUGUGAUUCAUCUCGGGUUUCUUGCUGUCUUCGAGUUUAGUGUCAAAAGUGCCCUCGAAAAAGUGUUUUCUAAACUAUCAAACAAAAUCAACAAUCGUGCACGUGCAUUUCAUUUGUGUGUUUCUCGAUUUUUUUAUGCAAAUCGCUAUAAAUAUAAUUAUAUUCAGAUACAGAUUGUUAAUCGGUUUGUGUUGAACAAAUUAUAUAAUUUGCCAUAAACAACUUCCAUUUACAAUUUAUUAUUGUCGUCCAGUGCAAGAGCGGCUGCGGCGUCAUGUCUAACACGGAGAAAGGAGGCCUGCACAGAAUCAGAGACGCUCUAUCAUGUCGCCAAGUACUCAAUCUGCUGACUAUGUUCGGCUUCAUGCUGAACUACGCCCUAAGAGUAAAUCUCACCAUAGCCAUUGUGGACAUGGUGCGGCCGGCGAAUGUUAGCGAAUCCCUCAACGGCACUCUGGCGGGGAAUAGUACAGGAAAUAGUUCCUCUUCCGACGGCGUGGAGGUGUUCGAGGAGCGUUUCGCGUGGGACACCUACCAGACGAACUUUGUGCUGGGCUGCUUCUUCUGGGGAUACAUUCUCACCGAGCUGCCUGGCGGCCGUUUGGCCGAACUGAUCGGCGGACGUCGCGUCUUCGGACAUUCCAUGCUGUGGGCCAGUCUCCUCACCCUGAUUACGCCGCUGGCGGCGCACAUCAACUACGUGGUCCUCAUCAUUGUGCGCGUCGUGCUCGGCUUUAUGCUGGGCGCCUCCUGGCCGGCCAUUCAUCCGGUGGCCGCUGUCUGGAUUCCACCCAUGGAGCGCUCCAAGUUUAUGUCCAACAUGAUGGCUUCCUCGCUGGGUGCCGCAAUCACCAUGCCUGUCUGUGGGUAUCUCAUCUCCGUUGCGGGCUGGGCCAGCGUCUUCUACUUGACGGGCGCCGUGGGUCUGGUGUGGUCCCUGUGCUGGUUCACCUUUGUCUACGAGACUCCGGCCACCCAUCCACACAUCACCGUGGAGGAGCGACGCGAGAUCGAGGAUGCCAUCGGCACAUCCACCUCCAAGAAGCGCCCCAGCCACGUGCCCUGGGGCCAGCUGCUCUGCUCGCCCGCCGUCUGGGCCAUCAUCAGCUGCCACGGCCUGGCCGUGUUCGGUUUCUUCACGGUGGUCAAUCAGCUGCCCACAUUCAUGUCGCAGAUCCUGCACUUUGACAUCAGGCAGAACGGACUCUUCUCCUCUCUACCCUAUCUGGGCAAGUACGUGAUGGCGGUGGCCUCAUCCUACCUCGCCGAUCAUCUGCGCAAGAAAGGAACUCUCAGCACGACAGCUACAAGGAAACUCUUUACAACAUUCGCUCUGGUCAUUCCUGGUCUGCUGAUGAUUCUGCAAGUCUAUCUGGGCUACGAUGCCACCUGGUCUGUGACGAUCUUCUCGCUGGCGCUGUUUGCCCAUGGAGCGGUCACCGCUGGCUAUUUGGGCAAUGGCUUGGAUAUUGCGCCAAACUUUGGUGGCACCAUUUUCGGCUUAGCCAAUACUUUGUCUUCGUUUGGUGGCUUCCUCUCUACGUGGAUGGUUGGCGCCCUCACUUACCACGAUAAAUCUUUCCAUCAAUGGCAAAUUGUGUUCUGGAUACUGGCGGUCACCUAUAUUUCGGGAGCCGUCGUCUUUGCGAUCUUGGGUUCGGGCGAGCUGCAGCCGUGGAACAAUCCACCGGAGCGCAAGAAGAUCAGCGAUGUCACCCAGGAGGAGGGUGUGCCACUCAAGAACGAGAAGUAACUUCGCACAGGUUGAAGAAUCGGAGUAUCGAAGAACUCUACCUUUUUUGAGCAUCCCACCACACAUCAUAUGCACAAGUUACAGUAGUUUCUACUGCACAUUUGAGAUCCACGAUGUCAGCCACACACUAAAACACUGCAACACGGAAGACACAUGAUACGAAAGACAUUACUUUUAUAAAUACUUUCUCGCACACACACCCUACCAACACACCAUUCACACAUGUCUGCUAUAUGGAAAUUGACUAUUUUAAUAAGUAAUAUUUACUUUAGAGCUAGCUUCGUCAAGCUAACUACUUCUUCUAUGUACUACGUCUAUAACUUAGCAUAAAUACUUGUAUGUAAAUGUAUGUGUAGCCUAAAUGAUGUAUAGUAUUCUGUAUGUCCAUGGAGUGCCGCCGUGCACGAAAUGCUUUGUCUAAUUUAUAAUUUAGUCCUUAAUCUUGUUAAGUUUAGAGGAACAAAAUACUUAUGCUAGUAGCUAAAUACAAUAGACAAUAUGCGUGUCUAUGUACUAUACUUGAUUAUUUAUGUAAUUAAUUGAAGCAACUUUUAAGUUCACAAUAAAGCUUAACACCCAAAAGAAACCAUAAA